AUGUAAAAACUUAUAAUAAUCCUAUUAUUAAUAACCUUUGUUUUUGGUCUAAAAGUCCUCGAACACUAAUGUGGCCAUGAUAAAUUUAGAGAAAACUAUAAAUAUGAAUCAAUCCCUUAAGAUCCUGUCGAAGAAUCUUCAGAUAUUCUUCCAAAAAAAGAAACAGAUAUGAGAUUUAAAUACAGUAAUAAAAAAUGUGGAUUAGUUCCAAUUCCUGAUAUAGACAGAAGUUAGGGAAAAAAUUCUGAUUUACAUUUAUAUAUAUCAUAUACAGUUGAACGAGGUAAAAAUACUUUAGCUCAUGCUGGUUGGUGUUAAUUUAUAGAUAAUUUAGGACCUACUCAUGGUACAGUUAACUUUAAUUUAGGUUUAUUAGCUGCCAAAAAUCUGGAAGAUCCUGUUGAAUUUGAAGAUUUAAUGGAAAUAGUUAUCCAUGAAAUGACUCAUAUAUUAGGUUUUAGCGAUAAUGAUGUACCAAAAUGGAUAAAUUCUAAAGGAUAGCCUUAUACUGACCCUAUUGUUAAAGUUUUAUCAAGGGGAGUUUAAAGAAUGUUUCUCAGAACUCCUCAUGUUUUGGCAUUCGCUAAAAAAUAUUACGGAUGUGAAUAUUUACCUGGUAUGCCUCUUGAAGAUUAAGGAGGAAACGGAUCUGCAGGAUCUCAUUGGGAAUAAACAGCCAUCGCCGACGAAUACAUGAAUGCAAGUAGCUCACUUACUUAGGCCUAUUUUAGUGGUUUUACAACCAAUCUUUUAAGAGACACAGGUUUCUAUGCUGAAGUAAACGCCUCUAUGGAGGAAAAAACAACUUAUGGAUAAGGAAAAGGUUGUUAAUUCAUCACUGGUAAAUGCGACUAAAGUAUAAGAGAAUUUUGUAGACCUGUAAAAGACGAAGGAUUAUGUGACUAUUAUCACCAUGGAUCUUCUAGCUGUGAUAUUGGUACGUAUAAUGACCCUGAUUAUUGUAUAUGGAAUUAGAUUUGGGAUUAAUUCAAAAUGUUUUAACGGGACUUUAUUACAUACAAAUUAUAAACCAGAUGA